GGUUUCGAAAAAACGAUGAAAUGAAAGCUAUGGAUGUUUUGCCAAUUUUGAAGGAAAAAGUUGCGUACCUUUCAGGUGGUAGAGAUAAACGUGGAGGUCCCAUUUUAACGUUUCCGGCCCGCAGCAAUCAUGACAGAAUACGACAGGAGGAUCUCAGGAGACUCAUUUCCUAUCUAGCCUGUAUUCCCAGCGAGGAGGUCUGCAAGCGCGGCUUCACGGUGAUCGUGGACAUGCGCGGGUCCAAGUGGGACUCCAUCAAGCCCCUGCUGAAGAUCCUGCAGGAGUCCUUCCCCUGCUGCAUCCACGUGGCCCUGAUCAUCAAGCCAGACAACUUCUGGCAGAAACAGAGGACUAAUUUUGGCAGUUCUAAAUUUGAGUUUGAGACAAAUAUGGUCUCUUUAGAAGGCCUUACCAAAGUAGUUGAUCCUUCUCAGCUAACUCCUGAGUUUGAUGGCUGCCUGGAAUACAACCAUGAAGAAUGGAUUGAAAUCAGAGUUGCUUUUGAAGACUACAUUAGCAAUGCAACCCACAUGCUGUCUCGGCUGGAGGAACUUCAGGACAUCCUAGCUAAGAAGGAGCUGCCUCAGGAUUUAGAGGGGGCUCGGAAUAUGAUCGAGGAACAUUCUCAGCUGAAGAAGAAGGUGAUUAAGGCCCCCAUCGAGGACCUGGAUUUGGAGGGACAGAAGCUGCUUCAGAGGAUACAGAGCAGUGAAAGCUUUCCCAAAAAGAACUCAGGCUCAGGCAAUGCGGACCUGCAGAACCUCUUGCCCAAGGUGUCCACCAUGCUGGACCGGCUGCACUCGACACGGCAGCAUCUGCACCAGAUGUGGCAUGUGAGGAAGCUGAAGCUGGACCAGUGCUUCCAGCUGAGGCUGUUUGAACAGGAUGCUGAGAAGAUGUUUGACUGGAUCACACACAACAAAGGCCUGUUUCUAAACAGCUACACGGAGAUUGGGACCAGCCACCCUCAUGCCAUGGAGCUCCAGACGCAGCACAAUCACUUCGCCAUGAACUGUAUGAACGUGUAUGUAAAUAUAAACCGCAUCAUGUCGGUGGCCAAUCGCCUGGUGGAGUCUGGCCACUAUGCCUCGCAGCAGAUCAGGCAGAUCGCGAGUCAGCUGGAGCAGGAGUGGAAGGCAUUUGCGGCAGCCCUGGACGAGCGGAGCACCUUGCUGGACAUGUCCUCCAUUUUCCACCAGAAGGCCGAAAAGUAUAUGAGCAACGUGGAUUCAUGGUGUAAAGCUUGCGGUGAGGUAGACCUUCCCUCAGAGCUGCAGGACCUAGAAGAUGCCAUUCAUCACCACCAGGGAAUAUAUGAACAUAUCACUCUUGCUUACUCUGAGGUGAGCCAAGAUGGGAAGUCGCUCCUUGACAAGCUCCAGCGGCCCUUGACUCCUGGCAGCUCCGAUUCCCUGACGGCGUCUGCCAACUACUCCAAGGCCGUGCACCAUGUCCUGGAUGUCAUCCACGAGGUGCUGCACCACCAGCGGCAGCUUGAGAACAUCUGGCAACACCGCAAGGUCCGGCUGCAUCAGAGGCUGCAGCUGUGUGUUUUCCAGCAGGACGUUCAACAGGUGCUAGACUGGAUCGAGAACCACGGAGAAGCAUUUCUGAGCAAACAUACAGGUGUGGGGAAAUCUCUUCAUCGGGCCAGAGCGUUGCAGAAACGUCAUGAAGAUUUUGAAGAAGUGGCACAGAACACAUACACCAAUGCAGAUAAAUUACUAGAAGCAGCAGAACAGCUGGCUCAGACUGGGGAAUGUGACCCCGAAGAGAUUUAUCAGGCUGCUCAUCAGCUGGAGGACCGGAUUCAAGAUUUCGUUCGGCGUGUUGAGCAGCGAAAGAUCCUACUGGACAUGUCCGUGUCCUUUCACACCCACGUGAAAGAGCUGUGGACGUGGCUGGAGGAGCUGCAGAAGGAGCUGCUGGACGACGUGUAUGCCGAGUCGGUGGAGGCCGUGCAGGACCUCAUCAAGCGCUUCGGCCAGCAGCAGCAGACCACCCUGCAGGUGACUGUCAACGUGAUCAAGGAAGGGGAGGACCUCAUCCAGCAGCUCAGGGACUCUGCCAUCUCCAGUAACAAGACCCCCCACAACAGCUCCAUCAACCACAUUGAGACGGUGCUGCAGCAGCUGGACGAGGCGCAGUCGCAGAUGGAGGAGCUCUUCCAGGAGCGCAAGAUCAAACUGGAGCUCUUCCUGCAGCUGCGGAUCUUCGAGAGGGACGCCAUCGACAUUAUCUCAGACCUCGAGUCUUGGAAUGAUGAGCUUUCUCAGCAAAUGAAUGACUUCGACACCGAAGAUCUCACGAUCGCAGAGCAGCGCCUCCAGCACCACGCAGACAAAGCCUUGACCAUGAACAACUUGACUUUUGACGUCAUCCACCAAGGGCAGGAUCUUCUGCAGUAUGUCAAUGAGGUCCAGGCCUCUGGCGUGGAGCUGCUUUGCGAUAGAGAUGUAGAUAUGGCAACUCGGGUCCAGGACCUGCUGGAGUUUCUUCAUGAAAAACAGCAGGAAUUGGAUUUAGCCGCCGAGCAGCAUCGGAAACACCUGGAGCAGUGCGUGCAGCUUCGCCACCUGCAGGCAGAAGUGAAACAGGUGCUGGGUUGGAUCCGCAAUGGGGAGUCCAUGUUAAAUGCCGGACUUAUCACAGCCAGCUCGUUACAAGAGGCAGAGCAGCUCCAACGAGAGCACGAGCAGUUCCAGCAUGCCAUUGAGAAAACACAUCAGAGUGCGCUGCAGGUGCAGCAGAAGGCAGAAGCCAUGCUGCAGGCCAACCACUACGAUAUGGACAUGAUCCGGGACUGCGCCGAGAAGGUGGCUUCUCACUGGCAGCAGCUCAUGCUCAAGAUGGAAGAUCGCCUCAAGCUCGUCAACGCCUCUGUCGCUUUCUACAAAACCUCAGAGCAGGUCUGCAGCGUCCUCGAGAGCCUGGAACAGGAGUACAAGAGAGAAGAAGACUGGUGUGGCGGGGCGGAUAAGCUGGGCCCAAACUCCGAGACAGACCACGUGACACCGAUGAUCAGCAAGCACCUGGAGCAGAAGGAGGCGUUCCUGAAGGCUUGCACCCUUGCUCGGAGGAAUGCAGAUGUCUUCCUGAAAUACCUGCACAGGAACAGUGUGAACAUGCCAGGAAUGGUGACGCACAUCAAAGCUCCUGAACAGCAAGUGAAAAAUAUCUUGAAUGAGCUCUUCCAGCGGGAGAACAGGGUAUUGCAUUAUUGGACCAUGAGGAAAAGAAGGCUGGACCAGUGUCAGCAGUACGUGGUCUUUGAGAGGAGUGCCAAGCAGGCUUUGGAAUGGAUCCAUGACAAUGGCGAGUUCUACCUUUCCACGCACACCUCCACAGGCUCCAGUAUACAGCACACCCAGGAGCUCCUGAAAGAGCACGAGGAGUUCCAGAUAACUGCAAAGCAAACCAAAGAGAGAGUGAAGCUAUUGAUACAGCUGGCAGAUGGCUUUUGUGAGAAAGGGCAUGCCCAUGCGGCAGAGAUAAAAAAAUGUGUCACUGCGGUGGAUAAGCGGUACAGAGACUUCUCUCUGCGGAUGGAGAAGUACAGGACCUCUUUGGAAAAAGCCCUGGGGAUUUCUUCAGAUUCCAACAAAUCGAGUAAAAGUCUCCAGCUAGAUAUCAUUCCAGCCAGUAUCCCUGGCUCAGAGGUGAAACUUCGAGAUGCUGCUCAUGAACUUAAUGAAGAGAAGCGGAAAUCUGCCCGCAGGAAAGAGUUCAUAAUGGCUGAGCUCAUUCAAACUGAAAAGGCUUAUGUAAGAGACCUCCGGGAAUGUAUGGAUACCUACCUGUGGGAAAUGACCAGUGGCGUGGAAGAGAUUCCACCUGGCAUUGUAAACAAAGAACUCAUCAUCUUCGGAAACAUGCAGGAAAUCUAUGAAUUUCAUAAUAACAUAUUCCUAAAGGAGCUGGAAAAAUAUGAACAGUUGCCAGAGGAUGUUGGACAUUGUUUUGUUACUUGGGCUGACAAGUUUCAGAUGUAUGUCACAGAGAUACAGCAGCGACAUGGAUUAGCCAAUUCCAUUUCUUCCUACCUUAUUAAACCGGUUCAGCGAAUAACAAAGUAUCAGCUCCUUUUAAAAGAGCUGCUGACGUGCUGUGAGGAAGGAAAGGGAGAGAUUAAAGAUGGCCUGGAGGUGAUGCUCAGCGUGCCAAAGCGAGCCAAUGAUGCCAUGCACCUCAGCAUGCUGGAAGGGUUUGAUGAAAACAUUGAGUCUCAGGGAGAACUCAUCCUACAGGAAUCCUUCCAAGUGUGGGACCCAAAAACCUUAAUUCGAAAGGGCCGAGAACGGCAUCUCUUCCUUUUUGAAAUGUCCUUAGUAUUUAGUAAAGAAGUGAAAGAUUCCAGUGGGAGAAGCAAGUACCUUUACAAAAGCAAAUUGUUUACCUCAGAAUUGGGUGUCACAGAACAUGUUGAAGGAGACCCUUGCAAAUUUGCACUGUGGGUGGGGAGAACGCCAACUUCAGAUAAUAAAAUUGUCCUUAAGGCUUCCAGUAUAGAGAACAAGCAGGACUGGAUAAAGCAUAUCCGCGAAGUCAUCCAGGAGCGGACGAUCCACCUGAAGGGAGCCCUGAAGGAGCCCAUUCACAUCCCCAAGACCGCUCCCGCCACAAGACAGAAGGGAAGGAGGGAUGGAGAGGAUCUGGACAGCCAAGGAGACGGCAGCAGCCAGCCCGAUACGAUUUCCAUCGCCUCGCGGACGUCUCAGAACACGCUGGACAGCGAUAAGCUCUCCGGUGGCUGUGAGCUGACAGUGGUGAUCCACGACUUCACCGCUUGCAACAGCAACGAGCUGACCAUCCGACGGGGCCAGACCGUGGAAGUUCUGGAGCGGCCGCACGACAAGCCUGACUGGUGUCUGGUGCGGACCACUGACCGCUCCCCAGCGGCCGAAGGCCUGGUCCCCUGUGGCUCACUGUGCAUCGCCCACUCCAGAAGUAGCAUGGAAAUGGAGGGCAUCUUCAACCACAAAGACUCGCUCUCCGUCUCCAGCAAUGACGCCAGUCCACCCGCAUCUGUGGCUUCCCUCCAGCCCCACAUGAUCGGGGCCCAGAGCUCGCCGGGCCCCAAGCGGCCGGGCAACACCCUGCGCAAGUGGCUNNCCAGCCCCGUGCGGCGGCUCAGCAGCGGCAAGGCCGACGGGCACGUGAAGAAGCUGGCGCACAAGCACAAGAAGAGCCGUGAGGUCCGCAAGAGCGCCGACGCCGGCUCGCAGAAGGACUCGGACGACAGUGCGGCCACCCCGCAGGACGAGACGGUCGAGGAGAGAGGCCGGAACGAGGGCCUGAGCAGCGGUACUCUCUCCAAAUCCUCCUCCUCGGGGAUGCAGAGCUGUGGAGAAGAGGAAGGCGAAGAGGGGGCCGAUGCCGUGCCCCUGCCGCCACCCAUGGCCAUCCAGCAGCACAGCCUCCUCCAGCCGGACUCACAGGACGACAAGGCCUCUUCUCGGUUAUUAGUCCGCCCCACCAGCUCCGAAACACCAAGUGCAGCCGAGCUUGUCAGUGCAAUUGAGGAACUCGUGAAAAGCAAGAUGGCACUGGAGGAUCGUCCUAGCUCACUCCUUGUUGACCAGGGAGAUAGUAGCAGCCCUUCCUUCAACCCUUCGGAUAAUUCCCUUCUCUCUUCCUCCUCGCCCAUUGAUGAGAUGGAAGAAAGGAAAUCCAGCUCUUUAAAGAGAAGACACUACGUUUUGCAAGAAUUGGUGGAGACAGAGCGUGACUAUGUGCGGGACCUUGGCUAUGUGGUUGAGGGCUACAUGGCACUUAUGAAAGAAGAUGGUGUUCCUGAUGACAUGAAAGGAAAAGACAAAAUUGUGUUUGGCAACAUCCAUCAGAUUUACGACUGGCACAGAGAGUACGUAAAGAUACAUUGUGCCCGAUGUUGCUCAUAUCAAAACAGACUUGUUUGCCUUUUUUAUUCCUAGGAGAGAAGGUUGCACAUGUACAUAGUUUAUUGUCAAAAUAAACCAAAGUCUGAGCACAUUGUCUCAGAAUACAUUGAUACCUUUUUUGAGGACUUAAAGCAGCGUCUUGGCCACAGGUUGCAGCUCACGGAUCUGUUGAUCAAACCAGUGCAGAGAAUCAUGAAGUAUCAGCUGUUACUGAAGGACUUCCUCAAGUAUUCCAAAAAGGCCAGCCUGGAUACAUCAGAAUUAGAGAGAGCUGUGGAAGUCAUGUGCAUAGUACCCAGGCAGUGCAACGACAUGAUGAACGUGGGGCGGCUGCAAGGAUUCGACGGGAAAAUCGUUGCCCAGGGGAAACUGCUCUUGCAGGACACAUUCUUGGUCACAGACCAAGAUGCAGGACUUCUGCCUCGCUGCAGAGAGAGGCGCAUCUUCCUCUUUGAGCAGAUCGUCAUAUUCAGUGAGCCGCUUGAUAAAAAGAAGGGCUUCUCCAUGCCGGGGUUCCUGUUUAAGAACAGUAUCAAGGUGAGUUGCCUUUGCCUGGAGGAAAAUGUGGAAAAUGAUCCCUGUAAAUUUGCUCUGACAUCAAGGACGGGUGACGUGGUAGAGACCUUCAUUUUGCAUUCAUCUAGUCCAAGUGUCCGGCAAACUUGGAUCCAUGAAAUCAACCAAAUUUUAGAAAACCAGCGCAAUUUUUUAAAUGCCUUGACAUCGCCAAUCGAGUACCAGAGGAAAUCUGUCCACUGGGAACGCUUUACGUCACCGUGUUGCUCUGGAAGACAGAGACUGCUCUGGGGCACCUGGCGAGGCGGCUCUGCAGUGCAGGCUGGGGCCGGUCCCUGUGGCCUGCUGCGCUCUGGCCUCCUCUGGCCCAUCACUCAUGCUGCCGUCUCAAGCACAAGGGUUGCUGUGAGUGAAAGCAGCAGCAGUAGCAACAUCUCCACCAUGUUGGUGACACACGAUUACACGGCAGUGAAGGAGGAUGAGAUCAACGUCUACCAAGGAGAGGUCGUUCAAAUUCUGGCCAGCAACCAGCAGAACAUGUUUCUGGUGUUCCGAGCCGCCACUGACCAGUGCCCCGCAGCCGAGGGCUGGAUUCCGGGCUUUGUCCUGGGCCACACCAGUGCGGUCAUCGUGGAGAACCCCGACGGGACUCUCAAGAAGUCAACAUCUUGGCACACAGCACUCCGUUUAAGGAAAAAAUCUGAGAAAAAAGAUAAAGACGGCAAAAGGGAAGGCAAGUUAGAGAACGGUUAUAGGAAGUCACGGGAAGGACUCAGCAACAAGGUAUCUGUGAAGCUUCUCAAUCCCAACUACAUUUAUGACGUUCCCCCAGAAUUCGUCAUUCCAUUGAGUGAGGUCACGUGUGAGACAGGGGAGACCGUUGUUCUUAGAUGUCGAGUCUGUGGCCGCCCCAAAGCCUCAAUUACCUGGAAGGGCCCUGAACACAACACCUUGAACAACGAUGGUCACUACAGCAUCUCCUACAGCGACCUGGGAGAGGCCACUCUGAAGAUUGUGGGCGUGACCACAGAAGAUGACGGCAUCUACACGUGCAUCGCUGUCAAUGACAUGGGUUCAGCCUCAUCGUCGGCCAGCCUGAGGGUCCUAGGUCCAGGGAUGGAUGGGAUCAUGGUGACCUGGAAAGACAACUUUGACUCCUUCUACAGUGAAGUGGCUGAGCUUGGCAGGGGCAGAUUCUCUGUCGUUAAGAAAUGUGAUCAGAAAGGAACCAAGCGAGCAGUGGCUGCUAAGUUUGUGAACAAGAAGUUGAUGAAGCGCGACCAGGUCACCCAUGAGCUUGGCAUCCUGCAGAGCCUCCAGCAUCCCCUGCUCGUCGGCCUCCUCGACACCUUCGAGACCCCCACCAGCUACGUCCUGGUCUUAGAAAUGGCCGACCAGGGUCGCCUCCUGGACUGCGUGGUGCGAUGGGGAAGCCUCACCGAAGGCAAGAUCAGGGCGCACCUGGGGGAGGUUCUGGAAGCUGUCCGGUACCUGCACAACUGCAGGAUAGCACACCUGGACCUAAAGCCUGAGAAUAUCUUAGUGGAUGAGAGUUUAGCCAAGCCAACCAUCAAACUGGCUGACUUUGGAGAUGCUGUUCAACUCAACACGACCUACUACAUCCACCAGUUACUGGGGAACCCUGAAUUCGCAGCCCCUGAAAUCAUCCUCGGGAACCCUGUCUCCCUGACCUCAGAUACGUGGAGUGUUGGAGUGCUCACAUACGUACUUCUUAGUGGCGUGUCCCCCUUCCUGGACGACAGUGUGGAAGAGACCUGCCUGAACAUUUGCCGCUUAGACUUUAGCUUCCCAGAUGACUACUUUAAAGGAGUGAGCCAGAAGGCCAAGGAGUUCGUGUGCUUCCUCCUGCAGGAGGACCCCGCCAAGCGUCCCUCGGCUGCGCUGGCCCUCCAGGAGCAGUGGCUGCAGGCGGGCAACGGCAGAAGCACGGGCGUCCUCGACACGUCCAGACUGACUUCCUUCAUUGAGCGGCGCAAACACCAGAAUGAUGUUCGACCUAUCCGUAGCAUUAAAAACUUUCUGCAGAGCAGGCUUCUGCCUAGAGUUUGACCUAUCCAGAAGUUCUUUCUCAUUCUCUUUCACCUGCCAAUCAGCUGUUAAUCUGAAUUUUCAAGAGAAAAACAAGCAAAUAUAACUGAUCAGCUGCCGGUAUGUUCAUCGUGUGAAAUUGCAUUCCAAGUGGGCUGUGCUCAGCAGUGCUUGGACACAGAGCUGCAAGCUGCGCUGGGGUGGAGGACCGUCACUUACACUCUGCCCAAGGCAGAGGUCGCAUUGCUGUAUCACAGUAUUUUAUUCAGGUUUCUGCAAAAAAUAAAAAGAUACUUUUUUAAACAAACAUGAAUAGAAUUUUGCAAAUUUAACGUUUUCAAGAUUUAUUCAAGGAAACAAAAUGCCUAUGUUCAACCACUGGUGUUAACGAACAAAGAUACUGUGCGUCUCUGGGGAAGACGCACCCAGGUGGCGGCCACUCCCACGGCCUUGUCUAGGGCUCAGAGUCCACUCGGCUCUGAGCUUCUCCAGGCGCCUCGUCUGUGUGCGUCUCACACCAGACGUGGCUUCUGAAACGUGCAUUCAACCUCAAACUUUUGCAUAAAAUAGAAUGAAUCGUUUUGCUCUGAUGAAAUGUAGGCCUUACUUGUAUAUAAGACUGUUCCUGCCUUCGGUCUGUGGUUUUCCCACCUGCCUCCCCUCCCCACCCCCCACCCACCGCCUGGGGCUUCCUCUGGGGGUCCGAGGGUAUGCCCAGCAAAUGAAGACAUCAGGUUGGGUCCUGCCCCACUGCCCCUCCCCCUGUUCCUGCCCCAAGCCGUCAAUCAGAUUGUUGAGCAGUACACAGUCAGAUGAAAAUACUGUAAAUGCACUCAUUGGGGGUUUUUUGGUUUUACUUCAUAUCAUGUGCAAUGUUGUGGCUUUAACAUUUUAUGCAACUAUUUAUGAAGACCUCUGUUGUACCUGUAAUAAAUAUAUAGAAAAAGCACAUACUUCGUAUGGUGAGCUUUAUGGUUUUGUGUGUGUGUUGGGGUUGGCGGGUGGGUGGGUAGGGUCGUAGCCCUGUGCCAUCGGUUCAAGGAGACUUUUCGUGAAACUUGUUGGUUUUGAGGACUGUAAAAAGUGAUUUCAUACUCUGAAUAUAAAACUGGAUAAUAGGGUAAUGUUUUAAAAUUUAUUAUGCUAUUAUUCAGAAUGCCAAAGUAUUAUUUUUUUUCCCAAAAUCAGUCUGGACAUUUACUACUUUUUAGACUUUUUGACUUUCAACUUUCUGUACAAAAAUUGGCUGGGUUUUGAGCUUUUGGUAAGAAAUAAAAGCCGAUUAAGCACUGGCCGCCCUGCGGCUGGUACCCAAUGCCCGAGUCACUGUGGCAGCAUUCGCACUGGCGUGGGGAGUCCUUUCAACUCAAGGAGGCUGGGUUUCUGGGCACCCUUGAGGUUUUCUGGAUGUCUUUUUAUCUUUCUCGUGUGAACUGCACUACAAAAGAGACCAGCCCAUUUCCCAAGCCAGCCAGACACCUGGGUCUUGAGCCAUAAACUGGCGUAGUUAAGCUUUGCAGCUUCCAAUGUAUUUUAUUUAUUCUUUUGUUGGGUUUUUGUUGGUUCUUGUAAAAUUGUACAGAAACUUUUUAAAAGAAAUUGGAUUCAAAACUGGAUGUGUAUUCGUAACCUCAUGAUUUUUAUUUGUGUAUUGUUUCUUUUAUUAUUUCAGUUAAAUUUUUACAUUAUUUUGCAUGUAUAUUUCUUUGUACAGAGACCUUACAUGUUUACACAGUAUGAUGUGAUGUAAAUAUUUUAUUUUGCCAUCAGUUAUUUUAAAAAAUUAAACAUAUUUGCCUGA